AUGGGAAAUCCAAAAUGUCUUCUUUUAAUCCUAACCCUUGGUUUCCUAGCCGUGGGAAUGCUGAACAUUGAUGCAAAGGGUGUUGACACGAUGAAAUAUCUGACAAUGACUAGGCCGAUUUGUAGUGGGUCAAUGGCCGAGUGCCUAGCAGGGGACGAGCUAGACGAGCUAGAAUUCGUGCUCGACUCAGAGACAAAUCGACGUAUUCUAAAGUCUCAAUCAAACUACAUUAGCUAUGGUGCAAUGAACAAGAAUAGAGUACCAUGUUCAAGGCGUGGGGCUUCCUACUACAAUUGCAAACCAGACAGAUUUCUUAAAGGAAAAAGGAUGUUGAAGUCCUUUAAACAAAAAAUGAUCCAACCAUCUUCUUAUGCAGAUCUUAUUGUGUACAAGCUAGUUUAA